AAAAUGGAAAUGCAAAUUCACUUAAAAUAACAAAAUACUUUUCAACAACACUUCAUGUAAACUAUAAAGUGCUUACAAAUACAGGAGGAGCUAUAAUAAAACCAGGACAAGGAAACUUACCAACCGACUGGCCUGAUACAACAGACUCAGGAGAAGCACCAACAAAACAAAACAAGUAUAUGAUUUAUACAAAGAAGGACAAGACCAACGAUAUUAAAAUUCCUCUAAAUGAUAAAAACAAUCUUCAAAAACAACAAAAAUCUUCCGAACCAACAAAGAAAGGCACAAAAAGUCCUAUAGAAGAGUGUAAACAAAGAAAUGCAACUUCUAAAGAAUUAAAUCUCUUUGUUAUCCAAAAACAACCUGAACAAAAUAAAUUAGCAGCAGAAAACAACAUGUAUAAUAUAUUUCUUAGACAAUGUAGACUUAAUUUAAAAAGAAGAAAAUAUAUAGGCGUUACCUGUAACAGUACCGCAGAACAAAUAGUGCAAUCAGUAAUAACCACUGGAAGUAAUAUAAUACAAACAUUCAUGACUUACAUAUCAACCCAACAAUCUUAUUCAGAUGAGAAUAUGAAAAACUUUAUAACAUUAAAAGAAGGCAAACCAAAUUUAACAAAUGAUUAUAAAUUAAUCAAAUUACUCAAAGGAUAUGAAAACGACAUACCAGAAUUGAAAAUUGUAAUACAUGCCUCAAUGAGCUUAUCAAUAAAUGAUAAACUCCAAUAUGAUAGCAAAUUCAACUAG